AUGGACCUAAGCAUACCAGUGCUGAAGUUGGGUCAUGGCCCAACUGUGGAACAACUUCAAGAAUAUUUGGGAGUAAUCCCUGAUUCUACCAACCCCUUCGACCACUUGCCUUUGUUCUUGUUCCCAGACAAUGACCAAUCUCAUCAUCAACAUGUGUUUCGCUCACAGGUCCUUGCAGCUGGGAUAAUUGUCAUUAUUUUUGGUCCUUCUGCACUCAAUGGCCCUGUUUCUUCCAUCCCCUUUCCAGGAUCCCCUGAGCUUGAGAAUUGGGAGCCUGCAAAAUUAUAUGCAUCACAAAGGGCACUAGGGAGCAUGUAUGAGGUAACUGAAAUAACCCCUGGCACUUUGGCCAUUGUUUCAAUGCUGGUUUAUUUCAUUUUGUCUGGUGACACUGAGAUGGUUUCUGGUUCUGGCAAGCCCAGUGCCACCAACUAUGUUGAUAUCCUUCUCAACUUCUACCAUUUUAUCCUUACCCUACUUCACCGAGAGAAAACGACCACAGUCCAACCAAUGCAUAAGACCAUGGAUUGGUACAAGCAUUUGUUGUUUGGUCCUCCUGCAGGAGCAGGAGAUGCACAUGCAUCAGGACGAGCUGGAAGUCUUUCUUUGGGCCUGAGUGCUCUUCUUGAAGAAAUGGAGCUUAGUGGCAGUAAUGAAGCAGAUCCAGUGUCACUCAAUGUUAAUGUUUCCUCUGAAAUGCCUCAAGGUCCAGAACCAGAUGUACAGACUGAAGUGGUGGCUACCCCAGUCAGCCUGGAUGAGGGGAGGGAGACAAGGUAUGGGUGCAGAGGCCGGGCCCACACAGGUGACACUUCUGGGAAUGACAGUUCUCGAGAAGUUAGUCGUGGAAGGAGAGGCCAGAGAGGUGGAGCCUGGGGUAGCAGCAGUCACAGAGGUCGUGGAAGUCAUGGAGGCAACAGCACUACACAUGGUGAUGAAUAG